UUUCAGAUACCAGAGAAUAUACAGAAACUGUAUUUCAAACUGUUAUCAUACAAAAAUGAGAGGAAUGCUUGACAAGUAUAGGGACAGGAGCGUAUGUGUUGCUAUUGACGUCAGAUAUGAUACGCCAGGUUUUUCUGCCAAUAAAGCAACUGCCAUAUUCAUGGAGUACAUAAGCGGGGAUAUAAUCCAUAUGGAAAUAGGGGAUUCAAGGGAAGUUGGCAGAAAUUCCAACAAACUGGAAUCUUUCAUCAUUUCCAGAGGAAUGGCCUAUCUCCAGACGAAUGGUUUGAAUGUGGUAGAGGUGGUGACCGAUGCUAGUAGAGCGAUUAUAUCUUUAUUUGGUAAGUCAUGCAUGCACACAAUAAUACACGAUUUUGUUUACAAAAACAAGCAUGUUUGAUGUUGUAAGAGUUAUUG